CUUCAAAAUGAUUCUUAUCCUCGAGACGGUAGUUGGAUAGCUUCCUUCUCUUUCCCAAUCCAACAACGAAAACAAAGCAACGCCAAAGUAGUGAAAAGAGAGGAAAUGGCAGCAGCUUCUACUGCUACAAGUGCUACUUUCCUCACAACAGUUGCUACGACCACCUCUUCACUCCAUCCCCAAAACCCCAAGCCCAACUCAAUCCCCUAUCUCCGUACAAUCUCCCUCUUCCCCCUCCUUCUACGGACCCGAGUAACAAAACAAUGCAUACACGUCCCCUCACCAUCUCCAACCGUUGCCGCAGCGGCCGCCCUUGCUGCGGCAGAAGCCGAUGUGACCAUCGAUGAAGAGGAAGCCCCAUCUGCCACGCCCCUCUCCAAACCCAAAACCGGAAAAGCUGCAUUACCCUUCAAGAGAGACAGAACGCGGUCGAAACGUUUCUUGGAAGUUCAGAAACUGAGGGAAAGGAAGAAAGAGUAUGAUCUGCCCACCGCUGUUUCUCUUCUCAAGCAAAUGGCAAGCACAAAAUUUGUAGAGUCUACCGAAGCCCAUUUCCGUCUGAACAUCAAUCCCAAGUAUAAUGAUCAGCAGCUGAGGGCGACGGUGAAUCUACCCAAAGGAACUGGUCAGACUGUGAAGGUGGCUGUCCUUACACAAGGUGAGAAGUUCGAUGAAGCGAAAAAUGCAGGAGCUGAUUUGGUUGGGGGAGAGGACUUGAUAGAGCAGAUAAAGGGAGGAUUCAUGGAGUUUGAUAAAUUGAUUGCUUCCCCAGAUAUGAUGCCCAAGGUUGCCAGUUUAGGAAAGAUCUUGGGACCUCGAGGACUUAUGCCAAAUCCUAAAGCUGGCACAGUCACAACUGAUAUACCUCAGGCUAUAGCAGAAUUCAAGAAAGGAAAGGUUGAGUACAGAGUAGAUAAGACAGGGAUUGUUCACAUUCCCUUUGGAAAGACAGACUUCUUUGAUGAAGAUCUUCUCAUAAAUUUGGUUUCCACAAUUAAAUCUGUUGAAGCAAACAAACCUUCGGGUGCGCCAAAAGGAGUGUUCUGGAAAAGUGCACAUAUAUGUUCAUCAAUGGGCCCUUCCAUUAAACUGGGCAUAAAGGAGAUGCUUGAUUACAUGCCACCAUCUAACAUCUAGGACAUUGGAUACUAGGGUGUCCCCACCCCUUGAAGGCGAGACUGUUCCCUGCGGAUGCAUGCAAUCACCCACCAUAUUUAAGCCCUCAUUUCUCGAUGACUGGACCCAUCACAACAUGCCUCGUAUGAGGUGUAUCUCAUUGUACUGCUCCACAUCUUAUUGUUUUUCGUCCUUUGUGGUGCUGGAAGAGAAUGUUAAUCCCAGACCUCACAGUUCCAAAAAAAACCCACAAACGUGAAUCGUCAAUGCUUAGUUAGGUUGGUUUGACUGACAUGAGUCUAGUCUUCACUUGACUUGGUAUUUAAUAAUUAAAUUUACAAUAUUUAUAGUA